CGAAAGUGAAAGUGUGAACGAAAGAGCCGUGUUUUUGAGUCCUGUGCGGAGAGGGCGUGAACCUACAACAUGGACCCACCUGGACCUGGCCCCGGGUCUAAACCCAGACCUGCUCCCAGAGACCACUCCAAAAGUCCUCCUCUUAACUUUAGAGAGGCUCCUCCUGAAGACCAGAGCUCCUACAACAUGGACCCACCUGGACCUGGCCCCGGGUCUAAACCCAGACCUGCUCCCAGCUCUGUGUCUCUGAAAAGUGACCGCUCCAAAUUCCUUCCUCCUUUAUUUAGAGAGGAUCCUCCUGAAGACCAGAGGGAGCCAGGCCCAAAGGAGCAGCUGGACGCCAUAUUCAGGCGUCUGGAGGAGCAGGUCCUGAGGUUUGUCCAACAGCAGCUCCAGAGGCUCCACAGGCUCCUGGCCUCAGAUUACCCAGAAUGCACCGAGAGUGAGGAGGAGGAGAGCAGAGAGGUUCUGAACAUCACCCUGGACUUCCUGAAGAGGAUGGACCAGGAGCAUCUGGCCCAGCGCCUGUUCGACAGGAGUAACGUUGGGGUUUGCAGAGACAAACUGAAGUCUGAUCUACAGCAGAGGUUCAGCCGUGUGUUUGAGGGCGUGGCUAAAGCAGGAGACUCCGCCCCCCUGACCCAGAUCUACACAGAGCUCUACAUCACAGAGGGCGGAGCCUCAGAGGUCAACCAGGAACAUGAGGUCAGACACAUGGAGACCACGUCCAGGAGACCGGCCGCUCCAGAGACCACCAUCACAUGUGAAGACCUCUUUAAACCCCGCCCACACUCACCAGAGCCAAUCAGAGCGGUGCUGACCAAGGGCGUGGCCGGUGUGGGGAAAACGGUGCUGACUCAGAAGUUGAGUCUGGACUGGGCUGAAGGCCACGCCCACCAGGACCUCCAGCUGCUGUUCCCGUUCACUUUCAGAGAGCUCAAUGUGCUCAGAGACACACAGUUCAGCCUGGUGGGACUGCUGCACCACUUCUUCAGUCCAUCCAAAGAUCUGUGCAGCUUCCAACAGCUCCAGGUGCUCUUCAUCUUUGACGGUCUGGACGAGUGCAGACCUCCUCUGGACUUCAGCAGAACCCGAGUCCUGACCGACCCCGCAGAGUCCGCCUCAGUGCACGUGCUGCUGGUAAACCUCAUCAGGGGGAGCCUGCUUCCCUCCGCUCGCCUCUGGAUAACCACGCGCCCCGCCGCGGCUAAUCAGAUCCCUGCUGAGUGCGUCUCCAUGGUGACAGAGGUGCGAGGGUUCUCCGACCCGCAGAAGGAGCAGUACUUCAUGAAGAGGUUCAGAGAACAGGCCACAGCCGUCAUCUCCCACAUCAAGAGCAUCCGCAGCCUCCACAUCAUGAGUCACAUCCCGAUCUUCUGCUGGAUCCUCUCCACAGUUCUACAGAAGCUUCUGGAACAAACGGAGGAACCAGAGCUGCCCCAGACCCUCACACAGAUGUACAUCCACUUCCUGGUGGUGCAGGCCAAAGUCCAGAACAUCAAGUAUCACCAGAGAUCAGGGGACGACCUUCACUGGACUCCAGAGACCAAGAAGAUGGUGGAGUCUCUGGGAAAACUGGCCUUUGAGCAGCUGCAGAAAGGAAACCUGAUCUUCUACGAGUGUGACCUGAGGGAGUGUGGGCUGGACGCUGCAGCGGCCUCAGUGUACUCUGGAGUGUUCACACAGGUCUUUAGAGAGGAGCCAGGCCUGUACCAGGACAAGGUCUACUGCUUCAUCCAUCUGAGUGUGCAGGAGUUUCUGGCUGCUCUUCACGUCCAUCACACCUUCUUCAUCUCUGGAGAGAACCUGCUGGAGUCACCACACUCCUCUGAGAGUCCAGACCCUGAGGCCUUCUACCGCUCUGCUGUGGACCAGGCCUUACAGAGUCCAAACGGACACCUGGACCUGUUCCUGCGCUUCCUCCUGGGGCUGUCUCUGCCGACCAAUCAGAGGCUGCUGCAGGGUCUGCUGACUCACACAGGAAGUGACCAGACCAAUGAGGAGACAGUAAAGUACAUCAAACAGAAGCUGAAUGAUGAGGGUCUGUCUGCAGAGAGAAAACUGAACCUGCUCCACUGUCUGAACGAGAUGAACGACCUCAGUCUGGUGGAGGAGAUACAGAUGUACAUGAGAGGAGGACAUCUCUCUUAUAAAAACAUGUCUCCUGCUGAGUGGUCUGCUCUGUCCUUCCUCUUACUGUCCUCAGACUCAGUCCUGGAGGAGUUUGACCUGAGGAAAUACCAAGCCUCAGAGAGAGGUCUCCUGGGUCUGCUGCCGGUGGUCAGAGCCUCCACCAAAGCCCUUCUUUGUGGCUGUGGACUGUCCCCUCGCAGCUGUGGGCCUCUGGCCUCAGUCCUCAGCUCCUCCAGUCUCACACACCUGGACCUCAGUCACAAUGACCUCCAGGACUCAGGAGUGGAGCUGCUGUGUUCUGGACUGAAGAGCGCCCCCUGCAGACUGGAGACGCUCAGUCUGUCCCUCUGUGGACUGUCCCCUCACAGCUGUGGGCCUCUGGCCUCAGUCCUCAGCUCCUCCAGUCUCACACACCUGGACCUCAGUCACAAUGACCUCCAGGACUCAGGAGUGGAGCUGCUGUGUUCUGGACUGAAGAGCGCCCCCUGCAGACUGGAGACGCUCAGGUUGUCUGGAUGUCUGGUCUCACAGAGGGGCGGAGCUGCUCUGGCCUCAGCUCUGAGCUCCGCCCCCUCCCACCUGAGACAGUUAGACCUGAGCUACAACCAUCCAGGACCCUCAGCCGAGCUCCUGACCGCUCUACAGGACCAGCGCCCCCUGCUGUCUGUCAGGCUGGAUCCUGCUGGAGAGCUCUGGAUGGUUCCAGGUCUGAUGAAGUACUCCUGUGAGUUCUCUCUGGACCCAAACACAGCUCACAGACGUCUCCUUCUGUCUGAGGACAAUCGGACUGUGACACGUGUGAAGGAGGAGGAGGAGUAUCCAGAUCAUGAGGAGCAGGAGUAUCCAGAUCAUGACGACAGGUUCACAGACUACCCCCAGGUCCUGAGCUGCACUGGCCUGAGGGGGCGCUGUUACUGGGAGAUGGACUGGAGGGGGAGGGUUUCUAUAGCAGUGAGUUACAGACGAAUCAGACGGAGUGGAGGGCAGAGUGGGUUUGGAGAGAAUGAUCAGUCCUGGAGUCUGUUGAUCUUUGAUGGAGAGUACUGUGUCUGUCACAACAGAGACUCAACACACGUCCCCCUUUGCUCAAGGAGAGUGGGCGUGUCCUCUGGCAGAGUGUGCAUGUCCUCUGGCAGAGUGGGCGCGUCCUCUGGCAGAGUGGGCGUGUCCUCUGGCAGAGUGGGCGUGUUCCUGGACUCUGAGGCUGGAGCUCUGUCCUUCUAUGACGUCUCCUCUGAUGGAGAACUGUUCCACCUCUGGACCUUCUCCUCGUCCUUCUCUGAGCCUCUGUUCUCUGGGUUUACUCUGUGGACAGAAGGUUCCUCUGUGACUCUGGUGAAAAAGACGAGACAAUGAACUAAACACAAGAGAAACUGUAUUUGUCCCACGAUGAGACAAUGAGAACAACAGAUGUGCAAGAGAAAUAAAACAAAAUGGAGCUUUAAUGUAACAGUUUAAAUUUGACUUUGAAUCAAAUAAAGACACAAAAUACAGAAAAUGAGCGACAGGAAAGAACAUGUAGAGUUCUACUUCUUUACUUUGGCUCCAGACUGUUUUGGACCAGUGGAUAAAGAGGAGGUAUUUACUUCUGUGGGGUAUUAAAGAGGAGGUAUUUACUUCUGUGGGGUAUUAAAGAGGAGGUAUUUCAGUGAAACAGUUUAAAUGAGGUUAAAACAAUCACUGUUAACUUCAAAGUUCGACACAUCCAGGUCUGAAAUGAUCCAAAUGAUUCUAGUGAAGGUGGAGUUUAAAAACACAGUGGAGCACUUCCUGUAUCACCACACGAUGACAUCACAAGGUGGAACAGAGUGUUUUCAGUUUUAAAUCUGUAGGUUUGUGUUAAACAUGUGAGAAUGAAACAAAACACAACUCCAGGUCUGUGUGUGACGAGGAAACUAAACGUCUGACUGGUGGUGCACAUGUAAAUACAGAUUUAAGAAUAAACACCAUCAGAUCACAGCGACCAAAGAGCCAAUCAGGAGCCAGGCUGGUGAAGGCCACGCCCCUUAGCAACGCUGACAAUCAAACCUGUUGCUAACGCUAACAGGAGUGACCUAAUAGAAGAAGAGUCCUGACGUCGUCGCAGGUGUUUAUUUCGGUUUAGAUUGAAUGAAGUGAGGAAUUCAUGUUUCUUUUUGAAUAUCAAGAGACAAAAAAAUAAGGUUUGAGGUGAUUUUUCCCAAUUGUAGCUAUUUCAUAACUUAAAAUAAAAUAAACCUUGUUAAAACGU